AUGGUUCGCGAGAUUCGUGGAAUGGGGAUGGAGGUGUGCACCACUCUCGGAAUGCUCACUCCCGACGAGGCGAAGCAACUCAAAGAGGCAGGACUCACUGCAUAUAACCACAAUCUCGAUACUAGUCGAGAAUACUAUCCAGAGGUGAUUACGACGCGGUCUUAUGAUGACCGACUCAAUACCAUCGAAGCCGUACGCUCAGCCGGUAUCAGUGUCUGUAGCGGUGGAAUCCUUGGUCUUGGCGAGACAGACGACGACCGAGUCGGGUUGAUCUGGGAGGUCUCAAACUUUGAAGAACAUCCAGAGUCUUUCCCUGUCAAUGCACUUGUUCCGAUCCCUGGCACUCCUAUGGAGAAUAAUCCUCCCGUGGCAGUACAUACCCUUCUUCGAACUAUUGCAACCGCCCGACUGGUUUUACCAGAGACAAUCAUCCGAUUGUCUGCAGGUCGACAGACCCUGAACGAGACUGAACAAGCAAUGUGCUUCAUGGCGGGAGCGAACGCCAUCUUUACUGGCGACGCUAUGCUGACGACCCCUUGCUCUCCCUGGGACGAAGACAAGGCAAUGAUGGACCGUUGGGGUCUGAGUGGUAUGCGUAGCUUCGAACAAGCUGGUGUGAAGCGAAAAGAGGGGGAUCGUCUACAGGAGCGCGACCAGAGUGCCGAGGCUCAGCCUUCAUUGUAA